AUGUAUGCUCCACCACCAUCCGUUGCUGCACGUCGUAACCGUGGAUCUGGCUUAGCUGCCGGCGGUCCACUUUUGGCUAUAUGUUGCCUUGGAUUUAUUCUUUUUCUUAUUGCUGCAACGAUUGUUCUUGCAUUGAUACCUGUGUAUCUAUCAAAAAGAGGCGGUGGCACACCAAGCACAACUACUCCAACUUAUCUUUUGACUAUGAAUUCUCGAACAGUGCCAUUACCUGAGGGCAAUUUGGAUUCUGCAUCACUGGCCGACGUUGGUGCUUCAGUGGACAAAGCGUUGAAUAUACCAUCUGGUUCAACUCAAGUUACGGCUGGUGCAGUUGAAGCAACAAAUGGUAAACGUAAACGAAGACAGUCCCGAGCUUUACGUAAUAAACGUGGUGUUGAUGGUACAACACUCUUGUGUACACUUCUUUUUAAUAAGUUAAAAUGUGAUAAAUGUGGUAACCUGGGAUUCCUUGAGAGCAUUAAAUCUUUCGUAAUCACAGAUAGUAUUGAUAUCGAUGGUGUGCCGUAUACUGAUACAUUUGAUGCUAGUAUUGACUUAAUAGAUCACAGUUUUGGUCCAGUUGAUUACGAGGAUUCUGAUUUUUUUGAAGCGGCUUUUCCUGCUGACAACACGACGCUACCUCUUGGUCCCGUAGAUAAAAAGUCAUAUCCUCCCAUUGAAGCCCAGAUAGCAAAGCAGAACAAUGUAAAAAGUAAUCAAGUUGUUAUUACCAGUGCAAAUGUGCAAGGAGCUACGAAACGUAAACGACGUGGAUUUGCUAGUAUGCGUGAACGUCGUUCUGGCAAAUUCCUCGUUGUUAUUUUCCAUUUGGAUGACUUACUUUGUCCCGACUGUGGUACUCCUACAUUCUAUAAAUCUUUAGAAACUAUACAAAUCAUCCUCGAGAAUGUCGAGAUUUGGUCAGGCGGUAAUCCAUAUUUUAUUACAUCUGCUUGUUAUCCGUUUGACAUAACUACCGGUACUACAACUACAUCAGCACCUACUGCUAAACUUUCUGGUUAA